AUGUUGGCUUCAAGGCUAGUACGAAAUGCGGUUCCGCGCGCAUCAAUUACUUCUUUCAGAUCAUCAGCAAGCCGAGUAUCUUUGGCCUCGCGGUAUCAAAGAGGCUACGCCGAUGAUGGCGACAAAGUCAAGGGACCCAUCAUCGGUAUCGAUUUGGGAACCACGAACUCUGCUGUUGCAGUAAUGGAGGGCAAAGCUCCCAGAAUAAUAGAAAACUCUGAAGGUGCACGCACGACUCCUUCAGUAGUCGGUUUUACAAAGGAGGGCGAACGCUUGGUUGGUAUCUCAGCAAAGCGUCAAGCCGUAGUCAACCCAGAGAACACUCUUUUCGCAACUAAGCGUCUCAUCGGUCGUAAAUUCACCGACGCUGAGGUUCAGCGGGACAUUCAGCAGGUUCCGUACAAGAUUGUGCAGCACACCAACGGCGACGCCUGGCUCGAGGCUCAGGGACAGAAAUACUCGCCGUCGCAAAUUGGUGGUUUCGUUCUGGGCAAGAUGAAGGAGACCGCCGAGGCCUUCCUCGGUAAGACCGUGAAGAACGCCGUCGUCACUGUCCCAGCAUACUUCAACGACCAACAGCGACAAGCAACCAAGGACGCUGGUCAAAUUUCUGGCCUCAAUGUCCACCGUGUCAUCAACGAGCCCACAGCCGCCGCGCUCGCCUAUGGUCUUGAGAAAGAUGACCGUGUGAUUGCCGUCUACGAUCUUGGUGGUGGUACCUUCGAUAUCUCUAUUCUUGAGAUCUCGAACGGUGUGUUCGAGGUCAAGGCCACCAACGGAGACACUCACCUUGGUGGUGAGGACUUUGACAUCACCCUUGUCCGUCAUCUCGUCCAGCAGUUCAAGAAGGAGCAGGGCAUUGAUCUCUCCAACGACCGCAUGGCAAUUCAGCGUAUCCGUGAGGCCGCUGAGAAGGCGAAGAUCGAAUUGUCUUCCUCCGUGCAGACUGACAUCAACCUGCCCUUCAUCACUGCCGAUUCCUCUGGACCGAAGCACAUCAACACCAAGAUGACUCGUGCUCAGCUUGAAGGUCUGGUAGACCCGUUGAUCAGCAAGACCGUCGACCCAGUUCGCAAGGCGCUCAAGGAUGCCAACCUCAAGGCCAGCGAUAUUCAGGAUGUCAUCCUGGUCGGUGGUAUGACCCGUAUGCCCAAGGUUGUUGAAUCCGUCAAGUCCAUCUUUGGACGCGAGCCUGCCAAGUCGGUCAACCCUGACGAGGCUGUUGCCAUUGGUGCCGCGAUCCAGGGUGGUGUGCUAGCCGGUGAAGUCACUGACAUUCUUCUUUUGGACGUCACUCCUCUGUCUCUGGGUAUCGAGACUCUCGGUGGUGUCUUCACCCGUUUGAUCAACCGCAACACCACUAUCCCCACCAAGAAGUCGCAAACCUUUUCAACCGCCGCUGACUUCCAGUCCGCUGUCGAGAUCAAGGUCUACCAGGGUGAGCGUGAACUCGUCCGCGACAACAAGAUGCUUGGUAACUUCCAGUUGGUCGGCAUUCCUCCGGCUCACCGCGGUGUCCCUCAAAUCGAGGUCACCUUCGACAUUGACGCCGACUCCAUUGUUCACGUCCACGCCAAGGACAAGUCUACCAACAAGGAUCAAUCCAUCACCAUCGCUUCGGGCUCUGGUCUGAGCGACGACGAGAUUCAGGGCAUGGUCAACGACGCUGAGAAGUACGCGAACCAAGACAAGGAGCGCAAGGGUGCCAUUGAGGCCGCCAACCGCGCCGACAGCGUGGUCAACGACACCGAGAAGGCCCUGAAGGAGUUCGAGGAUCGCCUUGACAAGACCGAGGCCGAGCAAAUUCGCGAGAAGAUCAACGGCCUUCGCGAAUUCAUUGCUGUCAACCAGACUGGUGAGGGCACUGCCACCGCCGAGGAGAUCAAGCAGAAGACCGACGAGCUCCAGACCGCCUCGCUCACCCUUUUCGACAAGAUGCACCGCGCCCGUCAGGAGAACGCCUCCUCCGAGGGUCAGCAACAAGGUCAGGAAGAGUCUGCUGAGAAGAAGGACGGUGAGGGCGAGAAGAAGCCUUGA